UGGUUUUGUUUUCUCUCGGCUGUUGAUUCCCCCACUCCUUUCCUCUCUUCUCAGCUCUGUUCUAUCUCUUUGCUCCGCCCUGAGCUUUUCUGUGGCGCGCUGUUAUCCCAAAGCUGUGCCUCAGCAUCUGGUUUCUCAAUUAUGUUUCCCAUCCCGCCUCCUUCUGGCAGAAGUGGCGAAGAUGGAUGUAUGUGUGUGCCUGUGUGUGUGUAUGUAUAUGUGUGAGUAGGGGGGUGGGGAAGGUGCGCAAGGUGCGCGUGAGUGCAACUAGGGAAAAUAGCACUGCUUAUUUUUUUAAAAUGUACCGUAGUUGUUAUUCUCCCUCAUUUUCAAAGAAAUUUUAUUACGCGCCUUGCAAAGGUGCAUGAAUGCUAAUAGGAUAACAUGGUCAAUCUAGAGAGCCAAGUCUGCAGGGUUGGCCCAAGUCAAAAUUGUGAAGACUGACGUUUGUUGUGCAUCUGAGGUUCUGAAUAAUAUGAGUGUGAUAUUUGUUGCUUUAUUUUUAAGGCAACAAAGACCUUUUCGUGCCCAAUCUCUCUUCGUCCUCACAAAGACGCAGAGGUAGAACUAGUUACUUUUUUUCAUCUCAUUUUUUACCAUUGAGGUAAUGGAAUAUGUACGGAAAGGCAUAAGUGACUUUCUCUUGUGAAUAAAGAGGAUGUAAUUCAAGCCUCAAUUUUCCGAUUCUUGGACCAUUGAUUUGUCUAUUGUUCAAUGCCCUUAACCCUUCUGGCUCAGCGACCUUAUAUUUGUUGCCCAGACACUGGAGGGAAAGACUGAAUGAACUGAUUCAUAAUUACGCAUUAGGUCUUAAAUGAAUUCUUUGAGUUGGAAGGCAUUUCAAAGGUAAAUUAAUCCAAACCCCUACCUGAUAAAAGCAUAAUCCUAUUCUGCCCUUGAAAAGUUCUUACAUUCUACUUGAAGAUCUCUAAGGCAUUUUGUACAAUGUUAAAUAUCAAAUAAGGAGAAAAAAUAGAAUUGACAUGCCUGUAUCUACCUGUUCCCCUACUUCAUCCUUCACUAGAGGCAAAAUAAGUAUUAAGAAGCUUGACCGAAUUGUUAUUUUAUAAAAUGUAGCAUAAGUGAAAUUUCCAAAUAACUAUAACUGUUCCAUUGGUUUCUUAGUUAAAUAUGCCCCCCACAUCCUGAAAACUGUGAGUUUAUUUCUCUGUAGUGCCAGCUUUACCUUCACAAUGCUUUUCCGUUCUCAUCUCAGUUCUCAGAUUUCAGCUUUUCUUUUACUUUCAACCUCUCUUCCUGAUGCCCCAAUCCCCUUACUGCCUGAAUGUCACUGAGAUCCACUAGAGAAAAUAAAUUAACCAUAUAGCUCCUUUUUUAAAAUUAAUUUUUAAAUUAACAGUUAUUUAUUUUUGUUCUCACUCCUACUUUGUUCUUCUACCAGAAAAAGAAAAACAAACUCAAGGCACAUACCCCUUUUAAUGCUUUUCUAGUAACAAAAAAUAAAGAUUGCACUGAAAGACAUCUAGUGAUAAGGAAACUUCUUUUUAAGACAACCCAUUACACUUAUGGAAAGCUAUGAUCAGAAAGUUUUUCUUUACAUCUAGCCAAAAUCUGAUAUUCUACUAAAAUCCAUUAUUGUUAGACCUUAUGGGACCAAGCUAAACAAAUUUAAUCUCAUUUCUACCGAACAUACUUUGAAGUACUUGGAGAACUUUCAUAUUGUUUGCCUUCCUUUUAUCAAUGCUUUCUCUUUUUCAGGCUAAAUAUACUCAAUCACUUCAAUUAAUCCUAUUCUGGUUUGGUUUCUAGUUUUCUACCUCGAAUUCACUUUUCUAAACCUGAUUGCUGAGAGGAUCUUGAAUAUUCAACACCCAAAACUGAACAGUAUAUUCCAGAAGUAAUCUGUCCAGAGCAGACUAUGCUGAGACUGCUCCUGUAGCUCUCUCAUUCUGGACACUGCCUUUUUUAUAAAGUCUAAGGUUAUGAUAGAUUUUGGCUGCUAUAUCUAACUCAUCUCUGAGACUAUCUUCAAUUUACUCGAUAUAUUUCGUAUGAGUUGUCUCCCCCAUUAGAAUGAGAGCUCCUUGUGUGUAGUUUUACCUUUCUAUGUAUCCCCAGGACUUGGCAUAAUCAUAUUAUAUGCAUAUAAUAUGAUGUGUAUGUAGUAAGCCCUUAAUAAAUGCUUAUUGACUACCUGACUUGACUACUUAUGCUCCAAGUUCCUUGAUCCUAGUUUCCCCCCCCACACACACACAAAUUGUUUUCUGGCCAUGCAUCCCCACACACUGUGCUUAUACUGCUGAUUUUACUUUUGUCCUUAAGUUUCAUCCUGUUAGAUUUAGACUAUCAUUUAUAAGAUUUUUAAAAUCCUAUUUUCCAUUGAAUUAGCUAUUUCUCCUAGAUUUGUAUUUUCUACAGAUUAAAUAAUCACAUUGCUAUAUUUUCACGCAAGUCUGACAAAAACAUUAUUGAGACAGAAAAAGGAGCUAUCUAAAGAAAGUAACAUAGUUGUGCUGGAAGUACUUUGGUGUUGUUGAUAUUUUUUAAAGGAUACAUCCAAAAGCUUGAAUACAAAUUCACAGAAUCAAGGACAAACAUAAAAGAAUGGCAUAGACCUAUGAAAAUGAUGUGUGAAGGUUAAAGUCCAGAGUGUCCUGAAGCAUUUGAAAAAUACUAAAUACAAUGAAACUUUUAAAAAAUCUAUAUUGGAGAUAUGAAAACUAAGGAAAAAAUGACCUCAGCAUAAGGUAUGAAGGAUGAUGUUAACAGAUAAAAUGAAGCAGAAUUUUUCAACUCCUUUUUUUAUGUCAAGGAGAAUAAUCUUUAGACAGAAAAGGAUAAAAAUAAGAUUGUCAUGAGGAAAUUUCAACCACAGACAUACCAGAGCCUAUUUCCAGAGAAGGAUUGCCUCCCUCAAAGUAGUCACUUUGGAGGCUCUAGUGAUGCAUCUGUUGCUCUGUACAUUUUUGAAAUACCUCUUUUGGAAUUGCCUUUGUAACCUGUAGCAGCGCCAAAAACUUUGUCCUUUGAGAGUGGAUUUUAUUUCUGGAAAAAUCCAAAAGUCAUUUGGAGCCAAGGCUGGUGAAUAAGAAGCUUAAGUGAAAAUGGUACAUGUUAGAAGAUAUGAAACAAGGAAUAAUUCUAAGACUCAAGUGCCGGCGUUGAAAUCCCGGGUUGACUGGAGACGGACUAAGCGAAAUAAUAUCUUACAGUUACUUGAUAGUGAUGAAGAGCUUGAUAGUGAUGAAGAGCUUGAUAGUGAUGAAAGUGUUGAUAGUGAUGAAAGUCAUGACAGUGAUGAAAGUCAUGACAGUGACGAAAGUAUUGAUAGUAAUAAAAAGCUUGAUGAUAAAGAGCUUGACUUAACUAAUAAGGCAGAAAAUAACAAAGAACAAAUAACUAAGAGUGGUGGCCUUUCAGAUCAUGAGGAAGAAAAAAAUGAAAAUAAAUGUAAGAGCAUUAACACAGAUUAUGAAAAGGAUCUAAGUCAACAACAUAAUGAUUCUAAACAACAGAAUGACCAAAUAGUAACAGAGGAGGAUAUAGAAGAAGAAGAACACAUCACUCGAGGAAAGCGAAAAAGGGUAUCUUCUGUGAUGUAUGACAGUGACGAUAGUGAUGACAGUGACAUUUUAGUUAGAAGAGUAGAUGUUAAGCGUCGUCGUAUAGUGGAGGAUGAUGACUGCUCUUCAGUGGAGGUGGAUCAAAAACCUCCUAAAACUGAAAAAAGCUCAGCCAUUCGGAAACAGGAACAACUGCAGAAGCUGAAAGAGCUCUCAAAACAAAGAUCUCGUCAGAGACGCAAUAGUGGUAGAGAUUUUGAGGAUUCUGAAGAGGAUAGUGAUCUUGAUGAAGAGGAUGAUGAUGAUGAUGAAGAGGAUGAUGAUGAGGAAGGCGACGAUUACAUUAUUGAUGGUUUUGUAGUUCAAGAUGAGGAAGGUGAAGAAAAUCAAAAUCAAUCAGGAGAAAAAAUGACUGCAUCGCAGCUUCAAUUAGUGAAACGAAAUUCUCUUUAUUCUUUCAGUGACCACUACACUCACUUUGAAAGAGUUGUCAAGGCUUUUCUGAUCAAUGCUUUGGAUGAUACUUUUCUGGGAACGUUAUAUGAUGGCACAAGGCAAAAGUCAUAUGCACAAGACAUGUUAACAUCUCUUCAUUAUUUGGAUGGUCGCUUUGUUCAGCCGCGCCUAGAAAACUUAGUUUCCAGAAGUCGCUGGAAAGAACAAUAUAAGGAACGGGUGGAAAAUUAUCCUAAUGUAAGUAUCCGUUGGAAGACUCCAGAAAAUUGCUCUUGCCAAGCCUGUGGACUGCAUCGAUACUGUAAAUAUACAGUACAUUUGUCAGGAAAAUUGUACAACGACAGGACCAUGGAAACAGAUGAUUUCAUGUCACAUGACAAACAGGUCCUAAAAGUUGGCAAAGUUUGUGCUGAUCGUACUAGGAUUUAUCAUCAACUGAAACAUUUCAAAUACAAGUUGUACCAGGAAUGUUGUUCUAUUGCAAAGACAGAAGAAGUUGAAGAUGAACAGGUCAAAGAAACUGUGGAACGAAUUUUCAGUCAAUCAAAAGAGAGUGGCUGGAUUCAGGAGAAAUAUGACCAACUUGAAGAAUAUCUCAAUUUUGCGGAUUAUUUUCAUGAUGAGAAGUUUGACUAAAUUGUAACACUUCCUUUGGAGAAGAUUUUAUAAAAUUGUGAUGAACAUGAAGAACAAUGAGUACUUGUUUCUGCAUACCAUGCUGAAUAUAUUUGCACAUUUUUGAAGAUUUUCAUAGCAAAAGCUCUUGUUUUUAAAUAUAUAGGUCCAUUUUAAUUUUUGUGAAAUCAAAUCAGUGAUCUUAUUUUAAUAUUUUAUCUGUGGUACAUAGAAAGCGUAUGCUAAAUAAUUUUUUAAAAGCUAAUCAAUGUAUUUUUAAAAUCAUGUCAGUGACUGUGUAAUAGAAUACUAUAUGUCAAGUAAAUAUGAGUUAUUAAUUUCAUACCAGUUUGAUGGAGAUAUGUUGCAUUUUAAAGUUGUAUUUAGUCUUAAAUAUUUAUGUGUAUUUAUUGCCUUCCCCCUCCCAAAUCUUUUUGCCUGUCCAUUUUGCAGUAUUAAAUGACCUUUACUAACAUGUUAUUCUUGCUAUGACCUAAAUCAGUGGGCUGGAAGAAAUCUCAGUAGACUGUCAGUUCAUUUCCCACCCAUCCUACCACUGCAGGACUGUACCUCAACCACCUAGACAAAGUAGUGUCAUAUAUGUUCUUAAAUAUCCCUUUGAAGGGAAUUUCAGACCUCUUACUAAUCCAUUCCAGUGUCUCACAAUCCUCACACUCAGGAAUACUUUAAUGUAGUGUCCUUUCAUGAUUUGGGAUGUUCUUUCUUUGUGCUUGCUCAGUGUUAAGUCUAGAUAUAAAUGACUGAAGUAUAUUUAUAUUUUUUAAAUCAUAAAUGUUCCCAUAUCUAAGUUUAUUUAAUCUGUGGAGAUGUAAAAAUGUCAAAGGUGAUUUUUAGCCAAAAAAACAAAAAACAAAAAAACCUUAGAAAGUAUAUUUUGUCUUGUGCCAAAUCUAGAAAAAGCCAGUUUAGACUGGUGAAAUAAGUUGUACAGUUUCAGAGGAAACAAAUGGGCCUUGUCAGUUGUUUGUCUUUGUACUUGGGGGUCCCAGUGUAGUAAGACCAUCUCUUCUAGUGUGGACUUCAGUAUGAUACAAGUUCAUCUUGGCCCUUUUCCAAUGUGGCUUAGAUACUGGAAGUAUCCCAUGGACACUAUUAUAAUAUGGUCUCAACAAUAUGUUCCGUGGCAUAGAUUCCAAGGACAGAAUUGAGUGAGGCUUGUGGUGUCUAAGGCUGGGUACUAUUAGAGACUGCUUAAUUAUCAUAUUUCUUCAAAUCAUUUCUUAAAUAUGGCUCCUCUCAUGGUAACUUACUAAAAAAUCCCACAAGGUAGAGUGGAUUUGUCCAUGUAUAACAGUAUUGUGGAGCACAUAGUUUUAAAAGUGUGGAUGACUGAAAUUUUCGUUUACAAACCUCUUCAUCCUUCUGGAUGGCUCGUGGAAAUAAUUCUUAGCCGUUUUCUAGGGAAGGAAACAGACACAGAGUUGGAAUAAGAGGAUAAAAUGUUCAAAGAGGAACUUUUUAAGCAGGGAGAGAAGUGAUGCUCAAGUAGGGAGAUAGAUGGAGUAUAAGAAGAUGGGAUAAGAAGUGAAUUAGAACAAAGAAGAACAGGAGAAACAAAAACAAAUUGACUUUCUCUCUUGUACUUGACUCUGGAAACUACCCUUUCUGUAAAGUCUGGAGCAGGCAGGCCAGGAAAGUGUCAAGACUGGAUAAUUCUUGAAAAAAAUCAAGAGCCUAGUGAACUGAGGCAUUUUAUAUAGUGAAGUACUACUAGUGUGGCUGCAGUUGGGAUGUACUUAGAGUGAGACUUCCCAAAUAUUUGUAGCACUUUUAAGAUCCUGAGAUCAUUAUUCCCCAUCAUUACUCCAGAGUUAUUAGUAUUUGUUUUACCUAAUACAAAAGGAAGAGUUUUUGAGCAGGAUUUUAAUAAUAUUUUUAAAGAAAAAACUAUUAGAAACCAUCAGAAAGGGACAGGCUGUUAGGCGAUACAAUUGGUUCAGGUAAGGAGAAAAAUAGUUUGCACCAAAAGCAGUCUGUAGGCAAGUUAAGAAUUCUAAGAUAUAGAAAUAUUCACAGAAUUAUUAUAUUUCAGUGACAAUUACUGAUAGUAUAUAUACAUCAUCUCUAUGGUAUUUGGAAGAACUAAAGAGUUUGUGAACUUUUUCAUGGGUCACUGAAUUGGAGGUGAGGGGAGAACUACCUAUAAGAGUAUUGAUUUUCCAGAGGUAGUUGCUGUUAUGAUUUCAAAUGUUUGAGUGUAUUUGUCUAAAUCAAGUAAAUGGAGACUGGUGGUGGCAGUGGGAGAAGGAAAGUAAGGAAGAAGCCUUUCUGUUAGACGGCUGUAUUCUAAGGGUCUGCCUUCUCCUUUUGUCCAGCAGCUUUGUUUGAGAGAAACAUAGUGCUCAGUGGUUAUCCAAGCCACUCAUUCUUUAGGCUGGCCACCCUGAACCACUCUCCCCCCAUCCACUUCCCCUGAUCCCUAGUGAGGCUCAGCUAUAAGGCUUGCUUAAGUCAGGACAGCUAGAAGGUUGAAGCCUAGUCCAAGAGCUGCCCCGUAGGUGGUUUGCUGGAAACCUUAAGUAACACUCUUCUGCUUUACAGAUUCUUUUUCACAUUUCUCAGUUUCCUUUUAGGACUCAUCCUCUGUCUAAUCUCUUGGUCCUCCUCUCUGUCUACAUGCUUUCCCAUGGCACUCACAUUCAUACAAAUGUCUUAAACUACCCUCUUUAUUUGAAAUAAUUCCCAAAUCUGUGUCUCCAGGCAUGACCUCCUUUCUUAGUUCUAGACCUUGCCUUUAAGAAAUCUUAAUCUAGAUAUCCCUUGGCACUUCAAACUCAGUAUGUCUAGUGCUGAGCUUAUUAUCGUGCCCCUGCUAAACCUAGCUCCUUCCUCUAAAUUCUGUUUUUGCCACUGGCAUCUGAAUUCCCCGAGUCUCCCAUGUUCAUAUUCUUAGGGUUAUUUUGGACUCUUUCCCUGACUUCUGUCUAAUUAGUCACCAAGUCUUGUGGAUCCCACACCCAUAUCACUCAUGGCCAUCUUCUCUUUUAUUCCAGUAUAGACCUUAUUACUACCAUUUCCCCAAAUUCAUUCACAUUAACUCUCUCCCUUUCUAAUCUAUCCUUUAGCAUGGUAUAGUGGAUAGAGUGUUAGACUUGGAGUCAGGAAGUUCUGGGCUCAGAUCCAGGCUCUGACACUAGCUGUAUGACCAUAGGCAAAUCCCUUACCCUCUCUGAGCCUCAGUUUCCUCAUCUGUAAAAUGAGGAUAGUAAUACCUGUAGUACCUACCUCACAGGGUUGUUGUGAGGAUCCAUGAGAUAUUGUAUGUAAAGCGCUUUGCAAGCUUUUAAGUGUCAUAUAAUUGUCAGCUAUUUUACUUCUGCCAGAGUUAUCUUCUUAUGCAUAGGUCUGGUCAUAUUGCUCAGCUCAGCUAUCUUCAGUGGCUCUCUAUUGCCUACUGAGUAAAAACUUCAUAUGCCUUUGCCUGGUAUUCAAGGCCCUCCACAACCUGGUGCCCCUCUACAUGGUGAGGUGGAAAGAGCACAGGAAUGAGGGGAUCUGAGUUCAAAUCCUGGCUCUGCUAUUUACUACCUACAUGACCUUGGUCAUUUAACCUCUCUAGUCCUCAGUUUCUUCAGUAACUUGAGGAGGUUGGACUAGGUGAUCCGGAAGGUCCCUCUCACUCUAAAUCCUAUGAUCCUACCUUUCCAGCCUUAUCGUACAUUAACCCCUCCAUAUACUCUGCUCUGGCCAAACUGGACUUCUCUUUCUCCCCUAACACACCCUGUGCUCUCUUGCCUCUGUGCCUUUGCUUAAGCUGUUCCCUAUGCCUGUAACGUUCUCCCUGCCUUUUGAAUUCCUUACCCAUCCUUGAAAGCCCAACUCCAAUGCCACCUUCUCCUAGAAGCUUUCCCUGGUCCCUGUUGUCAGUGAUGACCUUCCCUUUUGUACCUCACAUGGCACUUUGUUUUGCACUGCUCUAAUGCACUUGUUAUGUAUUAUUGUAUAUUAUGGUUGUCAGUGUAUGUGUCUUAUUUCCCUACUAGACUGUAAGCCCCAUGAGGGCAGGGACCACGUCCUAUCUAAACUUUGUAUCUCAGCUCUCGCACAGUGCUCUGCACACAGUUGGUGCUUAAUAAAUAUUUGUUGAAUUGAA